CUCCAUCUCUCUCGUUCCUCCCCCUCUCUCUCUCUCUCUCUCUCUAUCUGGUCUGCACUCUUUCUUGAGUCUAGUCUCUGGCAACUCCCUGUCUCUUCGUCUUCACCAUUUGAGAUACAAAGAAAAAACACAGGAAAGAAGCAGGGGAGAGCGCAAGGCAAACAUGCCGGCCGUCGGAGGAAUCGCCACCACUGGCGGGAAGGAGUACCCGGGGAACCUCACCCCCUUCGUGACGGUGACCUGCGUCGUCGCCGCCAUGGGCGGCCUCAUCUUCGGCUACGACAUCGGAAUCUCCGGUGGAGUCACGACGAUGGAGUCGUUCCUGAAGAAGUUCUUCCCGUCGGUGUACCGGCAGAAGGAGGAGGACGCGACGAAGAACCAGUACUGCCAGUACGACUCCCAGAAGCUGACCAUGUUCACGUCGUCGCUGUACCUGGCCGCCCUCGUGGCGUCGCUUGUGGCCUCCGUCGUGACCCGCAGGUUCGGCCGGAAGCUGUCGAUGCUGUUCGGCGGCCUCCUCUUCUGCUCCGGCGCCAUCAUCAACGGGGCCGCCAAGGCCGUCUGGAUGCUCAUCCUCGGUCGCAUGCUGCUCGGUUUCGGCAUCGGGUUCGCCAAUCAGGCCGUGCCGUUGUACCUCUCUGAGAUGGCCCCAUACAAGUUCAGAGGAGCAUUGAACAUUGGGUUCCAGUUAUCCAUCACCAUUGGCAUUUUGGUGGCCAACAUCUUGAAUUACUUCUUCGCCAAGAUCAAGGGCGGCUGGGGAUGGCGGCUCAGCCUUGGCGGGGCCGUGGUCCCGGCCCUCAUCAUCACCGUCGGCUCGCUCGUCCUCCCCGACACCCCGAACUCGAUGAUCGAGCGUGGCCAGAACCAUGAGGCCCGCGAGAAGCUCAGAAGAAUCCGGGGCGUCGACGACGUCGACGAGGAGUUCAAUGACCUCGUUGCCGCCAGCGAGGAGUCCCAGAAGGUCGAGAAUCCGUGGAGGAACCUGCUGCAGCGCAAGUACCGCCCGCACCUGACCAUGGCCAUCAUGAUCCCCUUCUUCCAGCAGCUCACCGGCAUCAACGUGAUCAUGUUCUACGCGCCCGUCCUGUUCGAGACGAUCGGGUUCAAGAGCGACGCGUCUCUGAUGUCCGCCGUGAUCACCGGUUGCGUCAACGUUGGCGCCACGAUGGUCUCGAUAUAUGGCGUCGAUAAGUGGGGAAGGAGGUUCCUCUUCCUUGAGGGAGGAACCCAAAUGUUAAUUUGCCAGGCAGUCGUGACGGCAGCCAUCGGAGCUAAAUUCGGAGUGAACGGGAUGCCCGGGGAUUUGCCCAAGUGGUACGCGAUUGUCGUCGUGCUCUUCAUCUGCAUCUACGUUGCCGGCUUCGCCUGGUCUUGGGGCCCGCUCGGCUGGCUCGUGCCUAGUGAGAUCUUCCCGCUGGAGAUCCGGUCGGCUGCCCAGAGUAUCAAUGUGUCGGUCAACAUGAUCUUCACGUUCCUGAUAGCCCAAGUGUUCUUGACGAUGCUCUGCCACCUGAAGUUCGGCCUGUUCCUCUUCUUCGCCUUCUUCGUGCUCGUGAUGUCGGUGUUUGUGUAUUUCUUCAUCCCCGAGACGAAGGGCAUUCCCAUCGAGGAGAUGAGCCAGGUGUGGAAGUCGCACUGGUACUGGUCGAGGUACGUCACGGACGAGGACUUCCCGUACCGGGGCGGUGUCGAGAUGGGGAAGAAUGGUCAGGCAGUGAAAGCAGUCUAAACUGAUUGUCGGAAAUACUUGUUAAGUCCCAACUAUAACUAUUUUAGCUUCUUCUUUGUGAUAGAAGUACAUAUUAUUGUACCGACAUUGGCUCAAUUGAUCUUAAGGGGUUUCAAAUGUGUUCGAGGUGUGUCUCUGUUGCCUCUGUAUCGCUUCCACCGUUAAACGGUUCGGUAUAUCGAGUGAAACUAGUGAAAUUUCAGUUAAUGAAUUUGAGAUUUGCCAUUUUCCUUGA